ACCACCGUGCUCGCGGUGGUUCUGUACUGUGUCUGCUCCUCGUCGAUGCUCAUCAUCAACAAACUCGCGGUUGGGCACAUUGGCGCCCCCGCGUUUGUCACAUUCAUGCAGUUUCUCGUGACGGCCGUCGUUGUCAAGGUGGCGCACUUGUGUGGCCUCCUCCAGGUGGACGCCUUUGAUUGCACCAAGCUGCUGCACUUUUCCAUCUAUGUCGUCGGCUUCUCAGCCGGCACGUGGACAAACAUGAAGGUGCUGAUGACGGCCAACGUGGAGACGGUCAUUGUGUUCCGCACCAUCGCGCCGCUGGCCGUCGCCUUCUUCGACUACAUCUUCCACGGGCGGGACCUGCCCUCGUGCCGCUCGUGCCUCGCGAUGGGCAUCAUCGUGGCGGGCGCCCUCUCAUACGUCCUCAACGACAAGUCAUUCGCGAUGAGCGGCCUGCGCGCGUACGCCUGGGUGGCGGUGUGGCUGGCCUUCCUCGUCUUCAACCUCACCUACGGCAAGUACCUCAUGUCGGGCCUCGGCGUCUCGAGCUGGACGGCGGUGCUGUACAACAACUCGCUCUCCAUGGUGCCCACCCUUGUCUUUGGCCUGCUCGGUGGCGAGAUGACGAAGCUGCAGGCUAUUGAGUGGACGCCGAUCGGCGUCGGGUGGCUGGCCGCCUCGUGCGUUGUGGGGCUUGGCAUCUCGUACGCAGGCUUCAAGUGCCAGUCGCUAAUCUCGGCCACGAGCUACACCGUGAUUGGCGUGCUGAACAAGAUGUUUACGGUCCUCGUCAACACGCUGAUGUGGGACAACCACGCCUCCGCGGCCGGCAUUGCGUCGCUCGCCGCAUGCCUGGCGGGCGGAGCGCUGUACCAGCAGGCG